AUGUUGUACUUAAUACUGUUUCCCUUAUGUGCAGUUUUAUUGGUCAUUUUGCAAUACAGUGUCAAAAACAGGAACUAUUGGCGGAAGAGGAACAUCCCAGAAGUGAAUGGCACCUCUUUGAAAUUCGCCACGGGGAAAAAGUCGCUGGCCGAGCUGUAUAAGGACAUUUAUGAGGCGCAUCCAAACUGCGAAAAUGUUGGUGUGCACGUCGGCAACAAGCCGGGGCUGUUGUUAAGGAAUCUGGAGAACGUGCAGGCGGUUCUGCAGGGCGACUUUCAAAGCUUCUACAGCCGCGGCUUAGUCACUAACGAGAAUGAUCUACUGGCGGACAACGUCCUUUUUAUGGAGGAUUACAAACGAUGGAGAAUAAUGAGGCACAAACUGUCGCCGGUGUUCACAUCGAAGAAGCUUAAAAACAUGUUCUACAUAAUGGAGCGGUGCGCUCGGGACUUCGUUAAUUUCGUACAACAGAAUCGACAGGCGAAAGAAAAGCCUUUCACUGCUCUGUACACCUACACGACAGCGUCCAUCGCUGCUUCGGUUUUCGGAAUCGAUACGAACACAAAAAACACAAUGGACUCGCCGUUCCUAGACAUGGCCUGGCGAUCCGUAGAGCCGACCUUUACCAACAUACUAAGAUUCACAAUAUCAAACAUGUUUCCGAAACUUUUUAAGCUGCUCAGAUUAAAAGUCUUCGGAGAUCACGAGGACUUUUUCAUCGGUGUUGUGAAAAAGGUGUUGGAGGAAAGACGCGCCGUCCACCAGAAGAGGCAUGAUUUUGUCGACACGUGUUUAGAGCUGCAGCAGGAAGGAGUAAUGCAAGAUCCAGUAACUGGCUACGAACUGGAGCCUUCAGAUGAACUGAUGGCGGCACAGGCGUUUUUCUUUUUUAUCGCAGGCGCGGAUACAUCAGCGCACACAAUGCAUUUCGUGCUCCUAGAGCUCGCCGGAAAUCCUGAGAUAUUGCAAAAGCUGCAAAAAGAAAUCGAUGCAGCUUUCGAUAAGUGCAAAGAGACCGUUACUUUCGACGAAAUCGAAGAGAUGAAAUACCUCGAUAUGGUUAUGAAUGAAGCAAUUCGUAAAUACCCCACGGUAGGGGUCAUUCAACGGAGAUGCACUAGGGACACAGUUCUGCCAUGUGGACAAGUGAAGAUGGAGAAAGACGUAAUAGCAGUGAUUCCCAUUUACGCGAUACAUAGAGACGAGAGGUAUUAUCCUAACCCAGAGGUAUUUGAUCCAGAGAGAUUCUCUCCGGAAAACGUUUCGAAAAUCCCAAAGUUCAGCUACCUGCCAUUUGGUGAAGGAAAUCGUAUAUGUCUCGGUGCGAGAUUUGCUCGCCUGCAGGUGAAGGUUGGCUUAGCGUGGCUGCUCAGACGCUACACCCUGAAGCAGCAAAGCUACAAACCGAAGUGCUUCGAGCCGAGCUUCUUCGCCCUUCGAGACCCUUGCGCCUACUUCCAGCUCUUACCGAGGGAAAUGAACAAA